AUGGAACCGUCCUCGAGCUUCGACUUCCGGGAGGAGUACACCAGCGCGUUCCGCACCGAGUCCUACAACGAGUUCUGGGCGCGCGUCCUGGACAUCACCCUCGCGCACGGCGCGGGGCUGGUGCCGCACCCGGGCGGUGGCGGCAACGUCACGGCGUCCAAGCGCCUCCCCUCCUACCGCCUGUUCGCCGAGCAACUCCUCGAGCCGGACCAGCGCGCCGUCCGCGCGGCCCUCGCCUCGCCAUGUAAGGGCCAGCUCCACCCCGGCGUGCGCGACCUGCUCGCCACCUACUUCAACGAGACGCCCAGCGCGUCCUUCCUGUGCAGCCACCUCCUCAGGGACAUCGAGCAGAUCCGCCUCCGGUACCGGCCGCUCAAGACCACGCUCCGCAAGCUCGCCCGUGACGGCAAGCUCCGGCAGGUGCAGCUCAGCUCCGCCGACCUGCUCAGGAGCCUCGACGCCAGCAGGAAGAAGGCGCGCCUCCGGAUCAAGAGCCUCGCCCGGCUCAGGCAGCUGCUCUCGGCCUCCUUCAUCACCGUCGUCGCCGCCGUGGCCGUGGUGGGUGCGUUCAUCGGCGUGCACAUCCUGGCCGCGUUCGCUGCGUUUCCGAUGAUGUCGCCGGUCUGGCUGGGUCUCUUCUCUGGGCACCGGGACAUGGACACCAUAAGCCGCCUCGUGGCGCGGCUGCGCGACGAGGGGGAGCACAUGCUCGCGCUGCUGCAGCUGUGCGUGGACCACCGCGCCGCGGCUGGCGAGAAGGGGAGGCUGGUGCAGGAGGUGCUGAAGCAGCUGUGCAAGAACGAGGAGAGCUUUAGGCAGCAGCUGGACGACCUGGAGGAGCACCUCUUCCUGUGCUUCAUGACCAUCAACAAGGCCAGGAGCAUGGUGAUGAACUUCAUAGCUGGCGCAGAGCACAACUCCAGUUGA